GAACGGCCAAAAGCCAUGCUCAUCAAAACGUCCCAUGUCGACCUUGCGACAUCAACCACCCCCAUCCGUGUAUUUGUGACUGAGCCGAACCUUCCACAGUAUCCAAAGGCGAGAUUCCCUGCCAUUGUCUGUUGGAGCGAGAUAUACCAAGUAACGGGGCCAGUGUCACGCUUAGCGUCCCAAAUCGCAUCUCAAGGCUACAUUGUCGCUUGCCCAAGCGUCUACCAUGAAUUUGAAGGACCCGAGCCAUUAGCUUAUGAUGAAAAGGGCACAGAUAGAGGGAACGAACUCAAGGUUACCAAAACCUUGGCUGCGUACGAUGAGGAUUCGCGAGUAGUUGUCGAUUGGCUACUUGGUUUAGAAAGAUGUACUGGGAGGGUGGGGAGUACAGGAAUGUGUUUGGGCGGGCAUUUAGCCUUCAGGACUGCAUUUGAUUCACGCGUAUCGUCAGCUGUAUGCUUCUUUCCUACGGACAUUCAUAGCCACUCGCUUGGCCAAGGCAAGCAAGACGACUCGUUACAACGUGUGAAAGCAGGAGAUUUGGGCCACGCUGAACUGCUCAUGAUUUUUGGAAAACAAGACACGCAUGUCCCACGUGCCGGCCGAGACCUUAUCCGAGGCACCCUCGAAGACGCAAACGUCACAGUGAGCUGGUGUGAAUUCCAGGCGCAACACGCAUUCAUUCGGGAUACGUCGUCCAAGGGUCGAUAUGAUGCGGCAUUGACCUCGGUGUGCUUUCAGCAGAUGAUGGAGUUGUUUUAUAGGACUCUGGUGGUAGAUUUGGGAAUUAAAGUUGGUGGGAGUGCCAAGUUGGAGCAUGUAUGUUAAAUUGGGAGUUUGGUGAAGGCUGAUCGCUCAUGGAUCUUACGUUAGCUGCGUGGCGCGGGCAUGACGUUGACCGAAUUGGCCAAUCGCUUGUCUGUCAAUUUUUUUGGUUUGAAUGAGUCACGUGUUUUCCGAUCUUGCAAGUUGCUUGAAGCUUUUGUGUUUUUCGUUCAAGGGUCUGUGACUACCCGCUCUAUCACGCCAGUUCCCUCAGCCAACAUCCCAACUUUUUCGUUGAUAAUGGCACCGUCUGCAACGAAAGCUCCCAAACGGGAUACCAGUACAUUCCGUACCUUGGACCGGCAAAAAGAGUCUAUCUUGCCCUCUAAAACCCGACCACACUACCCACGCCUUGCCAAGCUAUCUGCCCCACACGUCGAAUCCUUUAAUAGCUUGUUUGCAUAUGGGGGAGUUGGUGCGGGGCUAUUGGAGACUGCUGUGGGCGAUAUUGGCAGAAGAGUGGUUUUUGAUGGGAAGACAGGAGGCGGCCUUGGAGGGAGAAACAAGCUAGAACUAUGGUUGACGAAUGUAAAUGUUGGUAAACCUUCCAUUGAAAACUCUCGUGGAGCUGUCUCCAACCAGCUCUUCCCUUCUGAAUGUCGAGAACGUGGCAUAUCCUACAAAGCACUCAUGCAAGUUCGCUUAAACUGGCGUGUGAACGGAGGGCCCAUCCAGUUUGAGAUGAAAUCUCUUGGAAAACUCCCCGUCAUGGUUCGGUCCACCCGUUGUAAUCUGGAUGGAAAAGCCCCACGAGACCUGAUCAAACACCAUGAGGAUCCCGACGAAUUUGGAGGAUACUUUAUCUCAAACGGGAUUGAGAGGUUGAUUCGUUUGUUGAUUGUCCCGAGACGUAACCAUCCUACUGCCAUUAUUCGAUCAUCGUACACGAAUCGUGGACCGACAUAUUCUCAGUACGGUGUGGCUAUGCGAUGUGUGCGACCAGAUCAGUCAUCGCAGACUGUGACAUUGCAUUACUGUACAGAUGGUGCUGUGACAUUACGAUUCUCGUACAGAAAGAACGAGUAUAUGGUUCCUGUGUUACUGGUUUUGCGUGCUUUGGCGGAAGCGAGUGAUAGAGAGUUGUUUGAGCGGCUGACAAUGGGACAGGCGAACAACACAUUUUUGACGGAUCGUGUGGAGCUUUUGCUAAGAUCUUUCCGUCGCUAUGCUGUUCAUACUCGAAAACAGUGUCUGUCGUACCUCGGCAGCAAAUUCGCCGUGAUGAUGGACUCCCCCGAGGAUAUGUUUGAAGAGCAGGUCGGAGAGGAGUUUUUGAAACGGGUCGUGCUGGUCCACCUUGAAGAUAGCCGAGAAAAGUUUGACAUGCUGAUCUUUAUGAUGCAAAAACUGUAUGCUCUGGUAGCAGGAGAAUGCGCACCCGAUAAUCCGGAUUCACCUCAACAUCAGGAGAUUCUUUUGCCUGGACACCUCUAUCUUGGAAUUAUGAAAGAGAAGAUGGGGGAUUGGUUGAGUGCGAUCAAGGCACAGAUCCAGCAGGAUUUGAGAAGGAUGCCUGCAUCUGUAGACUUUUUUGACAAAAAGUAUUUGAGCAAGGUGUUUCAAAAAACGGGAGGAUCCGCCGACAUCGGUCGGAAGAUGGAAUAUUUCCUAGCGACUGGAAAUCUGGUCAGCAAUACAGGAUUGGAUUUGCAGCAAACAUCUGGAUACACCAUCGUUGCUGAAAAGCUCAACUUUUACCGAUAUAUCUCACAUUUCCGAUCUGUCCAUCGUGGUUCUUUCUUUGCGGAACUCAAGACAACUACUGUUCGAAAGCUUUUACCCGAGUCGUGGGGUUUCUUGUGUCCUGUCCAUACGCCCGAUGGAUCUCCUUGUGGUCUUUUGAAUCAUUUGAGUCAUACAUGUCGAAUUAUUGUAGAUAAGGUGGAUGUUAACAAAAUUCCGGGGCUGGUUGCUUCUCUUGGUGUUGGUCAGAUGGGCGGAAUGGGCGCGCGGACGAUCCGCACAGAGGCGGAAGAUGUCCCUGAUGACGAUAAUGCUAUGGACCUCGAUGAAGACGAAGGAGAGGAGGCGGAAGAUGAGUUGGAUUCGAUGGACCCGGUGGUGGAAGUGGGACGGAGACAAUACAUGACCGUUUCCGUUCAGCUCGAUGGAAAAGUCAUUGGAUGGUGUAGCGCGCGGUUAGCCGAACAAGUCGCCAGACGUCUCCGACAAUGGAAGGUGACAGGGUCCAAACCGGUGCCCCUCGAUUUGGAAAUCGGCUACGUUCCUCCAAGUCGAGGCGGACAAUACCCUGGCCUGUUCCUCUUCUCUACACCAGCGCGCAUGAUGCGACCUGUAAAAUACCUUGCCACAGGUGGCACUGAUAUGGUGGGACCUUUUGAACAAGUGUACAUGGAUAUUGCAUGUUUGAAAGAAGAUGUUGUUCCCGGUAUUACAACACAUAUCGAAUUUACGCCAACGAAUGUGUUGAGUGUUGUUGCGAACUUGACGCCAUUUUCCGAUCAUAAUCAAAGUCCACGAAACAUGUAUCAGUGUCAGAUGGGUAAACAAUCUAUGGGAACACCCGCUCAUAAUCUACCGCACCGAACCGACAACAAACUCUACCGUCUGCAAACGGGACAAACUCCUGUCGUACGACCCAAGCUACAUGACGAGUAUGGUCUGGAUAACUACCCCAACGGAAUGAACGCCGUUGUCGCGGUUAUAUCUUACACUGGUUAUGACAUGGAAGAUGCUUCCAUUCUAAACAAGUCCGCUCAUGAGCGAGGAUACGGAUACGGAACCGUUUACAAAAGCGAGUUUAUCGACUUGUCUGAGAAGCGACGAAAAGGCGAGCCUAUUUCCCAUCAUUUCGGGCUCUGGGCAACAGACUCUGUUGCACGGUUGCCCCCAAAAAUUAUGAAGGGUGUAAUGGAGUUUUUGGAUUUGGAUGGUCUACCCAUCAUUGGACGACGAUUGACCCAAGGAGAUCCGCUUUAUGCCUAUGUUGAUGACGUUACUGGCAAAGUGACUGUCAUGCCCUACAAGGGCAUGGAAGAUGCAUACAUAGAUGAGGUCCGACUCAUCGGGACGGAUUCAGGUGACCAAGAACUCCAAAAGAUUCACAUCAAACUCCGUAUCCCCCGUCCACCUAUCAUUGGGGACAAGUUUUCCUCCCGUCACGGACAAAAAGGUGUCAUUUCACAAAAAUGGCCGGCAGUCGACAUGCCGUUCAGCGAAACAGGUAUUAUUCCAGACGUGAUUAUCAACCCGCACGCGUUCCCCUCUCGAAUGACGAUUGGAAUGUUUGUCGAGUCGUUGGCGGGCAAGAGUGGAGCGUUGCAUGGUCGGUCACAAGAUGCGACACCUUGGACGUUUUUGGAGGGUGCUGGAGAGUGUGCCGCAGACUACUUUGGGGAGGAGUUGAAGGAUGCUGGGUUUAAUUAUCAUGGGAAUGAGGCCAUGUAUAGCGGUAUCACCGGUGGAGAGUUUAAAGCGGAUAUUUACAUAGGGGUUGUCUACUACCAACGGCUCAGACACAUGGUUUCUGACAAGUACCAAGUUCGAACAACCGGUCCCGUCCAUAACGUCACACAGCAACCCAUCAAGGGCCGUAAGCGAGCCGGAGGUAUCCGUUUCGGAGAGAUGGAACGCGACUCUCUCCUAGCCCAUGGUGUAUCCUUCCUCCUCCAAGAUCGACUCAUGAAUUGCUCUGAUUACAGUCAGAGUUGGGUUUGUGGUGGAUGUGGUAGUUUGGUAGGCGUUGGGUUGAUGGGCCAGGGUGCAAAGGAUGUAGGCACGUCGGUCAGCAGUGGCAAGGCCGUUUGCACCAUUUGUGGGAAUGGUGACAAGGUGGAAGUUGUUGCAGUUCCGUUUGUGUUUAGGUACUUGGUAAGCGAGUUGGUUGGGAUGGGUGUAAAAUUGAGGCUGACGGUAGAAUAG